AUGGAUCAGCAAGGGCAUGGGCAUCCCACAACAAUAGGAGUGGCUGGUAGUGCGGCUCAAGCAUCAUAUGGUGUGAACCCAUAUCAGUCUGGCCAAAUGAUGGGGCUCUCUCCCACUGGAUCAGUUGGAUUGAUGCAAUCUCCUACUCAGCCGGCAGGUCCUCCAGCCUCUUCUCAGCUUGCACAACACCAACUAGCUUAUCAGCACAUCCACCAGCAACAACAGCAGCAACUACAGCAACAACUCCAAAGUUUUUGGGCCGAACAGUAUCAAGAAAUUGAGGCGGUUAUGGAUUUCAAGAACCAUAGUUUGCCAUUGGCCAGGAUUAAAAAGAUUAUGAAGGCUGAUGAGGAUGUGAGGAUGAUCUCAGCCGAAGCUCCAGUCAUAUUUGCCAGGGCCUGUGAGAUGUUCAUUCUAGAGUUGACACUGCGGUCUUGGAAUCACACAGAGGAGAACAAAAGAAGAACACUGCAAAAGAAUGACAUUGCUGCGGCAAUUACGCGGACUGAUAUAUUUGAUUUUCUGGUUGAUAUCGUCCCGAGAGAGGAUUUGAAAGAUGAGGUACUUGCGUCAAUACCAAGAGGUGGGAAUCUUCCAGUUGGAAGUUCAACUGAUGGUGUGCCUUACUAUUACAUGCCUGCUCAGCAUGCUCCACAGGUUGGUGCUCCGGGGAUGAUAGUGGGAAAGCCUGUUAUGGAUCAAACUCUUUAUGGCCAACAGACACAUCCCUACAUUGCUCAGCCAACAUGGCCACAGCAACAGCAGCCGCACAAAGAUUCUUGA